CCUGGAGAAGGAAGUCGUUAAAAAAAGGAGUUGGUAAUAUCGAACAAAGAGAUCAAGCUAUCUCUUUGUACAGUAUCACGCACACACCAAGCUUGUCGGGCACUCGGUGGAGCCGCAAGCUCAAGCCUUCCAGUCCGAUAAACCCCACACAACAAAGCACUCCCGAACCUCUCAACGUCCAACCUCACCACGAGUACGUCCAACAACCGUACAACAAUUCUCCAAUCCACACAGAAACAUUGAUUUAAAAUACAUCCAUGCCACCACCCCCAUCCACAAACACACUCACCAUGCCCCCUCAACUCGACCCCGUCGACAAGCGCCAAGCCGCCCGCGAAGUCAUCGACAUCCUCCAAGAGAUCUCCGACCUGCUGAAUACAAAUCUCGACCGUACAGAACUGUCAUUGUGCGUGUCGCUGAUUGAGAAUGGGGUGAAUCCCGAUGCGCUUGCGACUGUCAUUAAGGAUUUGCGUAAAGAGGCUGCGAGUAAUAAGCGGGUGUCCAAUGCUCCUCCUGCCACGAUGGAGUAAUCGAGUUCGCUAGGCGGUCGAGGGCUCUACUAUAGAGUGUUCUCUUGCUGGACGUGAGAUGAUGCAUUUUUUUUUGGGGAUAUGGCGUUACAAGAUUGUACGGGCUUAUUGGAUAGAUACCCUUUUUGCUGCUUGCUUUGUGCAGCAAGUUUUUUAAUUUUAUUGCCCUUUUCGAAGAUGAGAAUUGGAGACUUCAUUGGUAU